GUGCACAGUGCCGUUCAUCUCGUCGCUCGUUACUUGAAGAGCAGUCUCCAGCAGUGUGCGCUGCUGUCUUGCGGAUACGCCAUGCAAAUGAGUCUAUCCGCCUAGUCCGCCCACGCAUCGUAUGUUUAUUCUUAGCUGAGGGCCAGUCUUCUCCGCCCCGCCCCCCUCUUCGUUAAGCUCCAUCAGAGGUGAAGCUCUUGGCCGUCGACACUGCAAUGCCGACCCCAAAACUCCAGUUCUUGAAGUCGAAUCGCUCGCGCUCCUCGGUCGACAGCUCCUCUGGCCACGCCUCGCCGGUGCCCUCUGUGAACAACGAAGCCUCCGCGCAGCGAUACUCAUCACCCGAGGGGCCCCAGCAACCAUCGCAGAAUCAACCGCCUCAAGGACAGCACAUUCCCCAGGGUGUUCCCCAAGGUCCCUACCGCCAGGCGUUUCCUGCCCGCACCACCAGUCACAGGCACUCAUCGAACCUGUCCGUCGACCACCCGCCGCAGAACCUCCCGGGCGGUCAGCUCCCCGUCAACCCAGGCCAGCCCUCGCCCGGCAUUGAUCAACCACGACGGUCUUCAUACCAGCCACAGUCGAACACGGCGUACGUGCAGCAAGAGCCCAAGAAGCAAUCGUUCCGCAGCCGCAUCGCCGCCGGCUUCUCAGGGCACAAGGACGAGGAUCCGUCUCGGUCGCACGUGAACAAGAACGGCCUAGGGAGACGCGUAUCAGUCCGGAAGAGCGACGGACGGCCAGAGAGCUUUCAAUCGCUGGGCAACGAAAGGUUACAGGCACAGCAGUGGUCUCAACCACAAGGAUCCAGUCCGCAUUUACCCACCUCAACCGAGCAGGACGAAGACAAUUUGGACCCCUUCCUCCAGCAGGAAGGCAGAACGCCACCCGAGGUGCCUUCGAAGGACCUCCAAUAUCAAGCACAGCAUCCGCAGCAAUUUGUGUCGAACCACAAUCAGGAACAGUAUAAUCGGCCCCCACUCGCUAGAGUGAACACCGAAGGGAGUUUCCACACCCAAGGCGGGGUAGAUCACUACAGCCCCGAGCAACACCAGGGUAUCCAACAACAACACCCCCAGCAACAGCAGCAAUACCAAAGCUACUCACCGCCAACUCAGCAGCCGCAGAACCCCCACGAAUACCAGGCAUUCCACCCCCAGAACGUGCCCAGCCCCCACUUAGCCAAUACUCAGUUGCAUCCCCAGGGCAUCGCACAACAACAACAAAAUUACUAUCAGUACCAACAACAGCAGCAGCAGCAGCAGCCACAGCCACAGACACAGACACAGACACAGACACAACAGCAAUCCCCUCAAGACCAUCAGCCGCAAAACCUGGUCUACCCACCCCCGCAACAGUUUGCUUCCCCUCAGCCGCAACAGGGUGGUCAAGAAUUCCAGCAUCAGCAAGUCCAACACGCACGUCCGACGUCUCAACACCAGCCGGAGCUGCAACACCCUCAGGCUACGCACCAAAUCCCUCAGAUCAUACAGCAGGGCCAGCAAAUCGACACUCAACACCUGCAGCAGCUCCGCCCUGCCUCGUCACAGGCACCGCUUCCCCCGCCAUCACCCCUCCAACCCCUCCAACCUCCACCAUAUCAGGCUUACGACAACCAGCAGAGCCAACCAAAUCAAGGAACCGAACCACACUCUCAGAACAUAACCCCUCCACAAGAAGGGCAGCAAGGGCAGGACAACAUGGCUCCGCCAGCUAGCCAGCAGCGCAAUACUUUGCGGAAGGUCAACGACUCGGGCCAACCACAGCCUGGGGCACCGUCCCGGGAGUCUUCGCUCCUGCAACAGCCCCCAGUUCAAGGUCAGGCUCAAGGACAACCGCCGGUGUCGCCGGGAAUUCCCACAUUCGGGGCUAACGUCGUGCCAACAGCUUCGCAAGGGCAACCUUAUCGGGGUGAGAAACCGGGACAACCAGGUCAGGGUGGAGAAAUAGGACGGGCAACACCACCGCCGCGGUCUGCGUCUGAUAUGUCGGAUGAAGAGGUCCACCAGUUGCUCAAGGAUCAUGAGGUCCUGCGCGAAAAGUAUCAAAAAGUCAAACGGUACUUCUUCGAGCAGCAAUCCCAAGUUCACCAGCUGCAAAAUACACUUGCACAUCAACGCCUCUCACUUUCACGAACAUCUUGGGAUGACAGCGAGUAUGCUACUCGGUUCAACAGGUUAGACGGACUAGUAGCACAGCUGUCUUUUGCUAUUCGCAAAGACUGGAAGUCAAUCCCUCCAUGGCUACAACCAGUGGUCAACAAGAACGCCGUUGAGACCGGGAAGCAAGAAAUGACCGCGGUUGGCCGCGCCUUCAUCUCCUCCUGGAUCGUGGAGAACAUAUUCGAUAAAUAUUUCCAUCCUGACCUAGAGCCCGGCUUUUCAACACAACUGAAGUUGAUUCAACUCAACAUCCGAAGGUUCUCUCCAACGUGCCAGACAAGCGAAGACGAGGAUGCACUUGUAGCGAAGACGAUUAAUUGGAGGCUAGCCACACUCGAAGGUAUUGCUGAGCUGCUUCGCUCUCCACAAUCACCUACGAACCGACAGAACUUGACCGAGACCCUCAAUGAAAAGCUCAUUGGUUCUCUACAAAUGUUUUUGAACGACCCAGCACCACCAGAUCUUAGCGGAGGGGUUCCAAUGAUUGUCGAGUUGGCCGUCAACAUUGCCCAGCACUUACCGCUUGAGAGUCGAGAAGUACAUAUCGAGUACUUCCCUCCCGGUCAUAGUUUAGUCUCGGAGUUUAUGAAGAUGGAGUCCGGCAUCCCUGCUCUGACUAGUCCAAUCAUGGACCCCGAGGAUGCGGACCGUGCCUCUCUCAGAAGUGUGGCUUCCGAAUUAAAAGAUUCGACCAACGAGCUAGAGAGUGCGCAACAAGCACAGCAAGCUCAACAGACCAGCCAGGCCCCGUCCAAGGAGCCGGCAGACAAGAAGCGUGGGAUGUUUGGCUUUGGCGGCUCCAAGAAACCGACGGCUACACCAGCCCAGCUUGGCAAACGCGAGUCCUCUCUCGGCCAAGGAGGAAGCCAACAAAGUCUCACACAGCCACCACCUGGCAGCUCAAGCGGAGGCAAAGAAGAGCCGCCUCCACCAAGGGUCCGCAUGGCCGUAGGUGUUGCUGUCCAGAUUCGCGGAAAGAGUAUUUUGAUGAAGGCGCCUGUUUACAGCACAUGAGCAAGUAACAUAGAGCUCAUUUCUGGGUUCGGAGUCGAUAGAAUUUGUGGGGGAUGAAAUCGGAGUGCCAUGUUGAGAUGUAUAGACUCAGGACGGCGAUGCGACUAUGAGCUUUCCUUGGAGUUUGUUUCGUUCACUUCUUUCAUACACCUUUUGUAUUCAGAUUUUGGGUGGAUUUUGAAUACAGAUGCGAUGUAGCUAAAAUGCCUAAGUCAGAAUGGCCGGAUUCUUGACGCUAAGAUUGGGACGAAUAUUUCAUGGACGUGGAAUUGAUUGACGAUAUGCCGAUACCCUCGCUACUUCUCCGGUUUGGUGGAUUGGUUGGUUAUAGAUUUAAUCAAUAGCAAGAUGGUUG